GCAAGUUUUGCGCGGCCCCUCAGCCAGCUUCCCCAGGGUUUAACUUUAUACGAUCAUGGCACCUUGGCAAGUUGCGCACUUACGCUAUCUACGGUCGAAGCAGAAAUGGAAAUUCGAGGCUAGCCGGGACCCGGAUAUAGUCACUCUCGUUUUGUUCUUGGGUCGAUCAGAUCUACAGACAUGAAUCAGGACCCAUGGAGGAUGUUCCGUCGGGGCGGUGCGUCGAGGACUGCAGAGUAUUUGCCAAGAUCUGUUCGAUAUGCUGAUUCUCCACCGCAAUCUCUACCCCCACCGCCGUCGCGGCAACAGGCAGAAAUGCAAGUCAGCAACGCUAGCAGCAGUUCCAGGACUGGCAGUCACACCAUCAGUCAACACAAUGAUGAUCAUCAUGGUGAAUGGUCAGAAUCGAGAUCGAAACCAUUGUCACCAUUACUAAAAGACCAAUCAGAUGACUGUGAAGACUCGGAGUCCAGCUCUGUGGCCGCGACAGCACCACCAGUUUCGAGGUUUUCAGAUUCUGAUUGCGAAGGUCCACCAGCCAAAUCCUGUCGCCUUUCUGAUGCUGAGUCUGUUUGCUCGAUUUUGACGGGGUCAGGUGAGACCCACCCUGGCUCAAAGUCAGACUCAGGACGACCUCGGAAUCGUAGGAAGCCAGGUGACUGCAGACGUAUUUGGCACUCUGAAUGGGAAACAGCGUACCUCGUACUGUAUGACAACAAAAGCAAUACUUGCAUCUGCCUGAAGUGUAACAAGACAAUCGAGACUGUAAAGAAGUAUAGCCUAAAGAGACAUUAUGAACGGCAUCACUCCGAUACUAUAGCAUGGAGUAAUAAGAAAAGGGAAAUUUUCUUGAAGCAAUCGAAGCAGAAGAGGGAGCAAAUGCAGCGGGCGUUUGUAAAAACAUUCAACUCAACCAAUUUGACACAGAUGGCCUCAUACAAGCUGUCCUAUACUCUUGUAAAGCAUCACAAGCCACUCAGUUUUGGAGAAGCUAUCGCUGAGUGGGCACAGUCAUGCGAUGUAGAGUCCAAAGUCUUCAAAGGCAUGCCAAGAAGUAGGCAGACACUCACACGUCGUGUUACUAAAAUAGCUGAUGUUAUUCAGAAAGAGAAUAUAAGAAAUAUCAAGUCAUCACCAUGCAAUAAUUUACUGCAGAUAUGUUGA